AUGAUGUUAGUUGCUAAUUCAUGUUUAACUGCACUUGUAUUUGGAUGUGCAAUGCUUAGUUCAUUCAUAAUCAUACUUGAAAAUGAUCUUGAACGAAUUUAUUAUCCUGACUCCUGUUGUAUAUUUCGAGCUUAUAUUUGUUAUGCUACAUGUGCUGCAUUUAAUUAUUCAUUUGUAUUACAAGCUCUUUAUCGAUAUAUUCUUAUUAUUUAUCCACGUAUUUUAUUCUGGCAAAAACGACGAACUCAAAUGUUAUGUAUUUGUAAGUCAUGGAUUUUAGGUUUUCUGUGUCCUAUUAUGUUUUUAUUUAAUAAUGAAAUUGUCUACAAUUAUGACAAUCAAGUGUGUCAACUACCUCUUCGAUUUUCAUUUUCAGUUAUUUAUAUAUCAUUUACUGUUUAUGGAAUUCCUGUCACAUUGAUUAUAUUUAUUUAUUUUAAAUUGCUUCGGUAUAUACUUGAAAUAAGUAAAUAUAUAACAUCGAUUAAUGUUUUGUCUCGUGCUCGACGAGAAGUAAAAAUGGUUCGUCAUAUAGUUAUGUUAGUAUCAAUUCUAAUUGGAGUUGGUUUUGUUUAUGCAAUAUUUAUAAUUAUGUCAUUUUUUGACCGUUUACCAAAAUAUCAUUUUCGUAUUGCGUAUGUGUUUGGUAGUUCGUCAUUUCUAUUAGUUAUAAUGACUUUAUUUCAAUUCACUGAUCCACUUAAAAUAUCAUUAAGAAAAUUAAUCAAUAGACAACCAUAUAGAGCUAUACCAACUAAUGUAAGAUAUGAAAAUUUUUAUAUUGAACUCAUUUCUAUAAUUGAUUUAGCGGAAGAACCUUCAGAACAGGCAUGUAAAAUCAAUGAAGAAUAUAUUUGUGGACCAACUUGUAUUGAAACUUGUGAUUAUAAACCAGAAAUUUGUGUCAAAGAUUGUCGAUUCGGUUGUUUUUGUAAACAAGGAUAUGUACGUCGAUUAAAUUCAACUGAUAGUACAUGUAUUAACCGUGAAAAUUGUCAAAAAGAAAAGUCUAAAAAAUGUUGUAAAAAUCAAGAAUAUCUUACAUGUGGUUCAGCAUGUCCUCAAACAUGUAAUGAUUUCUCUUAUUCACUUCCAAAAUCAGCUAAAGCAUGUAUAGAAUUAUGCAUGGAGGGAUGUUUUUGCAAAGAAGGUUAUUAUCGCACUGAUAGAGGUAAAUGUGUUGAACCAGAAAAAUGUUGUAAGAAUGAAAAUGAACAUUAUACAACUUGUGGUACGGCUUGUCCAGAAACUUGUGAAUAUCAACCGCGUGCAUGUACUAGACAAUGUGUUGAAGGUUGUUUUUGUAUAUCGCCUGAUUAUGUUCGCAAAGAUAAUAGUACGAAUAGUCCUUGUAUUAAACGAGAACUGUGUUCUAUUAAAGUUAAUUAA